AUCACUUGUUUUAGAGAGAGAGAUAUCACCUGGUUUAGAGAGAGAAAGAGAGAUCACUUGGUUUAGGGAGACAGAGAGCAGUAAGCAAACAGAGAAAGAGCGAGCGAGCAGACGAAAGGGGGAGAGGGAAAGGGAGGGGAGUGUUUUAGAGAGAGAGAGAAAGAGAAAGCAAUUCAGGAAGCAGACAAAGGGGAGAGAUGCAGAGAAAUCAGAUAUCCUAAUGGAAUUUAAUGGCGAACGCGAGGAGAAUCACACCUAUACCACUCUCAUCUUCCUUAGAAACCCAUAACACCAACACCACAUUCUCAUCUCUCCUCUCAAGUCCUCCAAACCCAACAUCUUCUUCUUCUUUCUCUCUCAUCAGAAGAAAAACCCAUCUCUUUCCUCUUGUCCUCCUAUUCUUAUUCUUCAUCUUCUGGGUUCUCAUCAGGACACCUCCUAUUUGGUUUUCUCUCUCUAACCAGCCACAAGAACAGCACCGCCCCAUUUUGGUCGAGCUUUCAAAGAGGAAAUCUGGUGUCUCUGAUAAUUUUAUUGCUUAUUCCUCUGCAACCCAUUCAAAUUUCUUCUUCAAUGACAGGCGCGGGUGGUUGCUCAACCCUGUAACUGCUGCUCGCGAAUCAGGACUCUCGGGUGGGGCUCUUGAUUGUCGUUCAGUGCACGUGGGUGAGAUUAGACCAGGCGGGGUGAGGGGAAAUCACAGGCAUCAUAAUUGCAGCGAAACCUUCAUCAUAUGGGGUGCAAAAACUUUAUUCAGGCCAAUUUAUGGCAACUUGCAGGUAGAAAAGAAUCAUGUGAUUGGGAAAGAUUACGAGGAAUUCAUAGUUGCGGCAGAUGAGGUUGCAGUUGCUACUAGUCCAAGGGGAACAGCACAUGCACUUGUGAAUAUGGACCAUAAGUUGAUUACUUACUUUUUGGGGUGUCAAGAUAGUUUAUUAACCAAUGGUAGCUCUACAGAUUUUCAAGUUUGGAAAGAUCUGUGAAGAGGUAUUUUGAAGGAGAGACCCAGGAGAAGCAUUCAUAUGGCGAUUGGUUAUUGUCUACAUAAUAUGUACAUUAUUUUCCAAAUAGUUGGGAAAAUGCUCUGAUGAUGAUGCACACUGAUUUGAAUAUUUUCGGAUCUAUAGUUUGUUGAUUGCCGCAAAUGAGAAUACUAUUAUCCAACUAGGGCAGUUCCAUGGGAAAGAAUUCACUCAUGGAUCCAACUAUACAAGAGGCCCUUGUCUACAAAUAUGAGGACAAAUAAUUUAGGGCUUUAGUUAUGAGAUUGUUGUCUGAAAAUAAUAAUUUGACUGUUUCACUUAUGGGAUUGUACGCUACAAAACUCUUCACACUUUUGGUAUACAGACAUAACAAUUAUUUUUAG